GCAGUUGUCCCCGUGCGCUUUGGAGGAGGCAUCAGCUGCCGGCAGGAGGGGAGCGACGACGAGGAGCGGAAGAAGAGACCAGCAGGCACGCAUUGGAGGCGACCAUUCCUUCACUGCUGGCGUCCUUUUCACAGCAGAAGAAGAAACACACACGCACACACACACACACACACACAAACAAACGGUCCUUUUUACUGCAGAUUUGAAUUGUUUCCUCCCGAAGGCUGAAGGUCUCCAAUGUGUGUGGGAUCUAACAGCUCCGGAGGCACCGAGGAAUAUCAAAGUCCCCUCGUGGAUGUGGACACCUAAACUGUGGACAUGGAAACGAUAGUGAAUUUAUCCGUGUCGGUCCUGCUGGUUUUAUGGGGAUGCGCGCUCGGAGGCUCGCCCAGUGUUCAAAUCGGGGGACUCUUUCCAAGGGGCGCGGACCAAGAGUACAGCGCAUUUCGGAUAGGCAUGGUUCAGUUUGGCACCUCGGAAUUCAGAUUGACGCCCCACAUUGACAACCUGGAAGUGGCGAACAGUUUCGCUGUAACCAACUGCUUCUGUUCACAGUUCUCAAGAGGAGUGUACGCCAUUUUCGGAUUCUACGACAAGAAGUCCGUGAACACCAUCACGUCAUUCUGUGGGACGCUCCACGUCUCCUUCAUUACGCCCAGCUUCCCCUUGGAUGGAAAUCAACAGUUCAUCAUCCAGAUGAGACCCGAUAUCAAAGGGCCCCUCCUCAGCCUUAUCGAGUACUACAAGUGGGAGAAGUUCGCCUACCUCUACGACAGUGAUCGAGGUCUAACCACGCUGCAGGUUGUUCUGGACACAGCAGCAGAGAGGAAGUGGCAUGUGACAGCGAUCAACGUGGGCAACCUGAAAGACGAGAGGAAGGACGAGGCCUACCGCACUCUGUUCCAAGAUUUGGAGAACAAACAACAGAGGAGGGUGAUCCUGGACUGUGAACAGGACAAAGUCAAAGACAUCAUGGAGCAGGUCAUCACAAUUGGCAGACAUGUUAAAGGUUACCACUACAUCAUUGCAAAUCUGGGAUUCAUUGAUGGGGAUCUAACCAAAAUCCAGUAUGGCGGUGCCAACGUGUCAGGAUUUCAGAUUGUUGAUUUUGAGGAUCCUUUGGUGGCCAAGUUUGACCAGAGAUGGGAGGCCCUCGAAGAAAAGGAGUACCCUGGUGCCGACAGCAAGAUAAAGUACACAUCAGCGUUGACCUACGACGCCGUGCAGGUGAUGACGGAGGCCUUCCGCUACCUGCACAAACAGCGCAUCGACUUCACCAGGAGAGCCAACAACGGCGACUGCCUGGCCAAUCCUGCCGUUCCGUGGGCUCAGGGAGUGGAGAUCGAACGCGCGCUGAAACAGGUUCGUGUGGAAGGCCUGACAGGAAACAUCCAGUUCGAUCAGCAUGGCAAGCGAGUCAACUACUCAGUGAACAUCAUGGAAUUAAAGACCACCGGCCCCGUAAAGAUUGGAUACUGGAAUGAAGUUGACAAAAUGGCUGUCACCAAAUCGGAUGUCUUUCCAAAUGACACGACAGGAAUGGAAAACAAAACAGUUAUUGUCACCACCAUCUUGGAAGCUCCGUAUGUAAUGCUGAAAAAGAACUCUGACCUAUUUGUGGACAACGAGCGUUACGAGGGUUACUGUGUGGAUCUGGCUGCGGAGAUAGCGAAGCACUGCGGCUUCAAAUAUCAACUGAAGAUAGUGGGGGAUGGGAAAUAUGGAGCCAGAGAUGCAGAGACCAAAAUCUGGAAUGGGAUGGUUGGAGAGUUGGUGUACGGGAAAGCAGACAUUGCAGUGGCUCCUCUGACCAUCACGUUGGUCCGAGAGGAGGUGAUUGACUUCUCCAAACCCUUCAUGUCUCUGGGAAUCUCCAUCAUGAUAAAGAAGCCUCAGAAAUCCAAACCAGGAGUCUUCUCUUUCCUGGACCCUCUGGCCUACGAGAUCUGGAUGUGUAUCGUUUUUGCCUACAUCGGUGUCAGCGUGGUGCUGUUCCUCGUCAGCCGCUUCAGCCCGUAUGAGUGGCACACUGAGGAAUAUGAGGACGGGCAGAUCCAGACCAAUGAGUCGACUAAUGAGUUUGGCAUAUUCAACAGUCUCUGGUUCUCCCUUGGAGCCUUCAUGCGCCAAGGCUGUGACAUCUCACCUAGAUCUCUCUCUGGACGCAUUGUUGGUGGCGUUUGGUGGUUUUUCACUUUAAUCAUCAUCUCCUCCUACACCGCUAACCUGGCUGCUUUCCUAACUGUCGAGAGGAUGGUCUCUCCCAUUGAGAGUGCAGAAGACCUGGCAAAACAGAGUGAGAUAGCCUAUGGGACUCUGGAUUCCGGCUCUACUAAAGAGUUUUUCAGGCGCUCAAAAAUUGCCCUCUUUGACAAAAUGUGGACAUACAUGCGCAGUGCGGAGCCCUCUGUGUUUGUGAAAACCACGGCCGAGGGGGUUGUGAGGGUCCGCAAGUCCAAGGGGAAGUACGCCUACCUGCUGGAGUCCACCAUGAACGAGUAUAUCGAGCAGCGAAAACCCUGCGACACCAUGAAGGUGGGAGGCAACCUGGACUCCAAAGGCUACGGGAUCGCCACGCCGAAAGGAUCCUCAUUAAGAACGCCAGUAAACCUUGCGGUAUUGAAACUCAGUGAGCAAGGAGUCUUAGACAAGCUGAAAAACAAAUGGUGGUACGAUAAGGGUGAAUGUGGAGCCAAGGACUCUGGAAGUAAGGAGAAGACGAGCGCCCUCAGCCUGAGCAACGUGGCUGGGGUCUUCUACAUUCUGGUCGGAGGACUCGGUUUGGCCAUGCUGGUGGCCUUGAUUGAGUUCUGUUACAAGUCCCGAGCCGAGGCGAAACGAAUGAAGGUGGCAAAGAAUGCACAGACUAUUAACCCAACUUCCUCGCAGAAUUCACAGAAUUUUGCCACUUAUAAGGAAGGUUACAACGUAUAUGGGAUCGAAAGUGUAAAAAUUUAGGGGAUGACCUUUGGGGACGCCAUGAGGAACAAAGCGAGACUUUCCGUCACUGGGAGUACUGGGGAGAAUGGUCGGGUGAUGACUCCAGAGUUUCCUAAAGCUGUCCACGCUGUCCCGUACGCGAGACCUGACAUGGGACUAAACGUCAGCCUGACAGAUCUGUCCUGAUCCAUGAGAAACUUCUGAGUGCCUUACAAUGGUUUCAAUAGAGCGAUUUUUUUUUCUUCUUCUUCUUCUUCUUCUUCUUCUUCUUCUUCUUCUUCUGUCCUUCCCUCCCUCCUGCUGUUCUGGGGCUUUUUUUCUGUUUCCAUCUGGUGUAAAAGGAAAGCUAGGAGAUGGAGGCUUCAUUUUGUGUCUCACAAAGACUUGUAUUGUUGCUCUCUGUCUCUAUUUCUCACCGUAUAAAACAACUCUCUCUCUCUCGCGCGCUCCCGGGGUGGAAUUACAUCUCGGAUAUUUAAAAGGAAGGCUCUUUUUUUCUUUCUAAACUGAUGACACCACGCUUUUCCUAUCUAACUGGACUGAGAUGGAAACGAGGGCUUGAUUGACGGUUGCUUCUGUGUGUGUGUGUGUGAUUGUGUGUGGAGAGUGUGGGGUUGUGUGCAUCGGGGGAAGAUGUUGUCAAAAACACACCGUUUCUGUAGCCACCGCCGCCAAACAGGAUUUUUUCAAGCACACUUGAUAUCAACUGCAUUAAGAUGUGAAAUUGUCCUUUUUUUUCUCAGAAAAUCUAGAAAAAAAAGGUUUAUUAAAAAAAAAAAUAUUUUUAUGUAUUUUCACAAAAUAGCUUUUAAAUAAACUUGCAUACAUACUGGUUGGAUAUAAACAUCUUAAUGUGUGAGUAUUAAGACAGAAAAAAAAAAUACUGAACAGCUUCUAGUUCCAUAUUUUUAAAGCCAAAUACAUUGCAUAUGGGGCUGAGAUGUUAAAAUCAUGUAAUUAAUUCCUACUCUAAACUUCCUGUAUAUUUUAUUCUUUAACAUUUGGUGUUGAUAUGAAAUAUAUGUCAAUGCUUGACAUUUGGAAUCAAUCCUUCUAUGUUUUUCUUGGAGUCGGUGCAGCGGUUUUGUUUUAUACUUUCGUCUCUUCGUUUGCUUCGGUGCUUUUGUUGUUUGUGUUUCUUUCUGAUGACAACCAGACUUGUUUUAGUUUGAAGAGGAAAUUGAUCUGUUUACAUGCCAUCAAUGC